GGGCGGCGCGCGCCGACCUCUCUCCAUCUGUCCGCCCGCGAGCCUGUAACCGGAGCGCACAGUGGGAGCCGUGGCCUCUCGCGGAUGGCUGGUCGCGCGGAGAGACAGUUACAAAUUUAAAACAAGUAGAUAAACACUAAAGAGAGUGCGUGUAUACGAAGUGUAAUCAUUAAAUAUAUUGGACGUCGCCAUCAUGAGGGCGUCGGGUGCAUUUCUGUUUGUAUGCUGCUUGUAUGGACUCUGCUGCAUUGGCGGGGCUACUGAGGCAGAGGAUAAGCUGAUGAAGAAGAUCUUCACUGGGUACAACAGCAAGGUGCGCCCCGCGGAGAACCCCACCGAUAGAGUGGUCGUCAGGAUAGGCAUGGUCAUGUCCUCGUUUGUUGCUUUGAACAUGAAAGAUGAGGAGAUGAUGACUAUCGUCAUUAUGAACAUGGAAUGGCAGGACAUCAGGCUGAGAUGGGACCCUUCAGAGUAUGAUAACACCGAUGUGCUACGAGUGGCCGCUGGGAAAGUGUGGCUCCCUGACAUCUACCUCAUCAACAAUAAUGACGGGACGUUUGAUGUGGCGCUGCAUGUCCACGUGCAGGUGUACAGUAAUGGCAGGGUCACCUGGACGCCACCUGCACUGUUCCGCAGUUCCUGUGGAGUUCAGGUCACCUACUUCCCGUUCGACUGGCAGAAUUGUACUAUGGUGUUCCGGUCCUACACGUAUGACUCCACAGAAAUGGACCUGCGAGUAUCCCUGGAUGAACACGGACGGGAGAUCAGUGAAAUGCUCUACGACCACACCUUUAGCGAGAGUGGUGAGUGGUACAUCCGGCACAAGCCAACGCGUAAGAACGUGGGAGAAGAUAACUACGAGGACAUCACCUUCUACAUCAUCCUGGAGCGCAAGCCCAUGUUCUACGUCUUCAACAUCAUACUGCCAUGCAUCCUGAUCACCAUCAUUGCCAUCUUCAACUUCUACCUGCCCCCCGACGCAGGAGAGAAGAUGGGCCUGUCCAUCAACGUGCUGCUGACCCUGACUGUGUUCCUGCUGCUGCUGGCCGACAAGGUCCCCGAGACCUCCCUGGGCGUCCCCAUCAUCGUCAACUACCUCAUGUUCACUAUGAUCCUCGUCACCUUCUCCGUCAUCCUCAGUGUGGUGGUGCUCAACCUGCAUCACCGGUCGCCCAAUACACACCAAAUGCCCAUGUGGGUGCGGAGGAUCUUCAUCCACCUGCUGCCCCCAUACCUGGGCAUGCGUAGGCCCAAGGUUGAGACGCCUCUGCACCUGUCCAUGCCCAGCACCCCCAAGAAGACCACCUUCAACGCCAUCAGUUACCAUGCCGACGAGUACUUCAUCCGCAAGCCCGCCACCAUCAUCUUCCCCAAGCCCAACAGGUACCAGCCAGAGGGCAUGUGCACGGACAUGAGGAAGUUCAUUGAGGGGCCGAGCGAGUACCUGACUCUGCCUCCAGAGCUCAAGACGGCCAUCAGCGCCAUCACCUACAUUGCCGAGCAGCUGCAGGCUGAGAAAGACUAUGAGGCGCUGAAGGAAGACUGGCAGUAUGUUGCCAUGGUAGUGGACCGCCUCUUCCUGUGGAUCUUCCUGAUCUUCACCACCGUGGCCACUCUGGCCAUCUUUGCCUACGCCAGCACCAACACUACACCCAGCAACCCUUUUUAAUUGUGACACUCCUAGUCCCGUCCCUUCCCCUUUCUUCCUGUCCUGCAGCCAAUCCACUUUCAGAAAGGCCCUGUCCUUCAAAUUCCUGCAGAGGAUGACCCACGGCUUGUUUUUCGUUUCAGCACCAACACUACACCCAGCAACCCCUUUUGACCCGUUGAUGCCUAAAGCACCUGCAAAAACCGUGUGCUGAAUGCCUAAGCCCUUGUUGGGGCAGUUGCCCUCAGCCAAUGAAAACCUAAAUAUCUUCACCUCUGAUGCACAUAAAAACAUGAAACAUGAUUGCAUUCAAACCCCAAGACCCUCAUCUUGCAUGGGAAUGUGUUCAUUUAGCUGUAACAUACCCAUAUUUUUAUUUAAAAAGCUAAAAUCUCAAGAGCCUGAAUGCAGCAUACAUGUGUCUCCAGGCACCAAAGGUCAAACAACAUACAGUGCCCUCCAUAAUUAUUGGCACCCCUGCUUGAGAUGUGUUUUUUAGCUUCCAAUUAUUUUAUUUUUUUUCUAAAUAAUAUGGGACCUUAAUGGAAAAAAGAGAAAAAUCCAACCUUCAAUACAAGUGCAUUUAUUCAGUGGGGAAAAAAUCCCACAUAAAGAAAUAAUUAUUUGACAUCAAAUAAUGUGUGUCACAAUUAUUAGCACCCCUGGUGUCAAUAUUUUGUACAACCCCCUUUUGCCAACAAAACAGCACCUAAUCUUCUCCUAUAAUGUUUCACAAGAUGGGAAAAGACAGAAAGAGGGAUCUUCAGCCAUUCCUCUUUGCAGAAUCUCUCUAAAUCAUCCAGAGACCUGGGUCCUCUCCUCUGUACUCUCCUCUUCAGCUCACCCCACAGGUUCUCAAUGGGGUUGAUGUCAGGGGACUGAGAUGGCCAUGGGAGGAGCUUGAUUUUGUGUCUGGUGAACCAUUUCUGUGUAGAUUUGGCCAUAUGUUUAGGGUCAUUGUCUUGCUGAAAGACCCAGUGACGACCCAGCUUCAGCUUUCGGGCAGAGGGCAACAGAUUUUGAUUUAAAAUGUCCUGGUAUUUCAAAGCAUUCAUGAUGCCAUGCACCCUAACAAGGUUCCCAGGGCCUUUGGAAGCGAAACAGCCCCACAACAUCACUGACCCACCCCCAUACUUCACAGUGGGUAUGAGGUGCUUUUCAGCAUGCGCAUCUUUCGUGGUACGCCAGACCCACUUAGAGUGUUUGUUGCCAAAAAGCUCAAUCUUGGUCUCAUCUGACCAAAGCACACGGUCCCAGUUGAAGCCCCAAUACCGCUUGGCGAACUCCAGACGCUUGCGUUUAUGAUUCUGAGUGAGGAAAGGUUUUCUCCGUGCAUGCCUCCCAAACAGCUUGUUGGCGUGUAGACAGCGCCUGAUGGUUGAUUUGGAGACUUUGUGACCCCAGGAUGCUACCAUUUGUUGUAAUUCUGUAACUGAGCUUUGGAGAUCUUUUGAUUUCUCUUACCAUCCUCCUCACUGUGCGUGGUGGCAAAAUAAACUUGGGUCCUUGUCCAGGCUUGUUUACCACUGUUCCAGUUGUUUUGAACUUCUUAAUUAUUCCUCUCACAGUGGAUAUGGGCAGCUGCAGUUGAGUGGCAAUCUUCUUGUAGCCUCUGCCUGACCUGUGAAGGUCGACGCACAUCUGCCUCACUUGUAUGCUGUGUUACUUUGUCUUUCCCAUGUUUAAGAGUGGAUAAGAGAAAUGGCCUCGGUGUCACGUCAUAUUUAUACCCCAGGGAAACAGGAAGUGAUGAAUUACUAAUUAAAUGUUCCUACAUACUCUGGUAAACUUUGUAAACUACUGUAGAAAUGACAGAAAUGCUUCAAUUAUAUUUAUUUCCUGGGAAUUGGUAAGGGUGCCAAUAAUUGUGGAACAGGUGAUUUAAUGAAAAAUAAUUAUUUUUUAGUCAGGGAUUUUUUUAUUUUCUUACGAUUCAUUUGAGUUGAAGGCUACAUUUUCCUACAAUUUUCAGUGUGACAGUAUUCUUCUGCAAUAAACACUGAAUUUAUUUUAAGGCUUUUAACACAUCUCAACCAGGGGUGCCAAUAAUUAUGGAGGGCACUGUACGAGUCAUCAGGCUAAAAUGGGUUAAUUGGCCAAUGACACUCCUUGUCCCUCCUUUCUUCCUGUCCUGCAAUCAAUCCACUUUCGGAAGGCGCUGUCCUUUAGAUUCCUACAGAAGAUGACUCUGUUGGCCUGUUUUUCGUUCCUUAAACUGUCGCAUGUGGGUAGCUGUCAGUAGGCCUUGUCAAUCUAUCAUGUGCAGGCUAAGCAUACCUGCUUUCGUUGAUGCAUGCAAUGAAAUACCCAGACACAGUGGCACGACAUGGAUGUACGUAUGCACAUGCCACACACACACACACAAGGCAUGAGUGCAUAUGGUACAAGUUAUCACAUACACAAAAACAAACUGCAAGCUCAGACUUGUCGAUGUAAAAACGCUCUACCACUUGGCCACAACUAAAGGUAGUACGGGGUGUAUGACAUUACAUUACAUUACAUUACAAUGCAUUUAGCAGCUUUAUAACCAAAGCGACUUUCAAAAGAGGACAUAAUCACAGCCAACAUCACAAGCAAAUACAAAGUGCAAAAUGACAACUUCUGAUCAAACCCAGUAACUUCCUAAGGAACAAAAAGGGGUGUGAUGACAUAUCCAUGUAAUUAAUGUAAGAUGCUUGUGAAAGGUAGGGCAAAUAAAUUAUAAAGGGGUCAUUCACAUCGUAGGAAUAUGAAUACUGUAACGAAAUUGUAUGCACCAUAGACUAUUUGUCAAGUGUCUCUGACACUGACUCUGACAGCUUUAUUACAGUAGGUGUAACCUCUUGGUAGUUGUAAAGCAAGGGGCCUAUGCAGCAAGAAAUUGUAAAAUAUAACAUAAAAGUAUACACAUAAGAAGUAUUCAAGUUUGCCCGAGGUGUGAAGCACAGACAGCAGAAGCCUUUUCUAAUAUUUUUUUUGUGUUGAAGUAUUUGAGUACUGUACUGUAUUUUGUGUACUCUAGUGGUUAGAUAAUGUCUUGGUUUGUUUUGAUGAAUAAAGUUGGUUUGUUUGAGAUAUACUGUA